UGUCACUGUAGUUGGCACUUCCGCCGCGUUGCAUUGUGGGUCAGACAAUCUGAUCGCCCUUUGCAGCCUGAAAUAUCGUGUUAAGUGCUGGGAAUAAAACAAGAAAAAUGUCCCUUCUUUCCGUUCGUCUGGCUGCUUCAGUGGCACGCCGCUUGCCGAAUAAUGUCGCACAGGUCGCGGGGGUGGCUUUCCCAGCCACGUCAGUUGCUGCCCGAAAACUCCAUGUCACCCCCAAUAACCGCGGCGCUGAGAUUUCCUCGAUUUUGGAAGAACGCAUCCUGGGGGCUGCCCCUAAAGCCGAUCUUGACGAAACUGGACGCGUAUUGAGCAUUGGUGAUGGUAUCGCUCGUGUCUAUGGGCUCAAAAACAUCCAAGCCGAUGAGAUGGUGGAAUUCUCAUCAGGCCUUAAGGGUAUGGCCCUUAACUUGGAACCUGAUAACGUCGGUGUCGUAGUCUUCGGUAACGACAAACUCAUCAAGGAAGGCGAUAUCGUCAAACGAACGGGGGCUAUCGUCGAUGUUCCCGUAGGCGAUGAACUUUUGGGACGUGUAGUAGAUGCUUUGGGUAACGCCAUCGACGGCAAGGGCCCCAUCAACACCAAACAACGUUUCCGUGUGGGUAUCAAAGCUCCAGGAAUUAUCCCCAGAAUUUCGGUCAGGGAGCCAAUGCAGACUGGUAUCAAAGCCGUCGAUUCUCUCGUUCCUAUUGGUCGUGGUCAGCGUGAAUUGAUCAUUGGUGACCGUCAAACUGGUAAAACUGCGCUCGCCAUUGACACCAUCAUCAAUCAAAAGCGUUUCAAUGACGCCGACGAUGAAAAGAAAAAAUUGUAUUGUAUCUACGUCGCCAUUGGCCAGAAGAGAUCAACCGUUGCCCAAAUUUUGAAACGAUUGACUGACACUGGAGCCAUCAAUUACACUAUUAUUGUCUCAGCUACGGCUUCCGACGCCGCUCCUUUGCAGUACUUGGCGCCUUAUUCAGGCUGCGCCAUGGGUGAAUAUUUCCGUGACAACGGCAAACACGCCCUCAUCAUCUACGACGAUUUGUCGAAACAGGCUGUAGCCUACCGUCAAAUGUCGCUGCUGUUGCGUCGUCCCCCAGGUCGUGAGGCCUACCCUGGCGAUGUCUUCUACCUCCACUCCCGUUUGUUGGAGCGUGCCGCCAAAAUGUCCGAUGCCCACGGUGGAGGCUCCUUGACCGCUUUGCCCGUCAUCGAGACUCAAGCCGGUGAUGUGUCCGCUUACAUUCCCACCAAUGUGAUCUCCAUCACUGACGGUCAAAUCUUCUUGGAGACGGAAUUGUUCUACAAGGGUAUUCGACCGGCCAUCAACGUCGGUUUGUCCGUCUCGCGCGUAGGCUCCGCCGCUCAAACCAAAGCCAUGAAACAAGUCGCCGGUUCAAUGAAACUGGAAUUGGCCCAAUAUCGUGAAGUAGCAGCCUUUGCACAGUUCGGUUCCGAUUUGGAUGCCGCCACCCAACAGCUCUUGAACAGAGGAGUCAGGUUGACUGAAUUGUUGAAGCAAGGACAGUACGUGCCGAUGGCUAUUGAGGAACAAGUUGCCGUGAUCUAUUGCGGAGUUAGGGGACAUCUUGAUAAAUUGGAUCCUUCGAAAAUCACUGUUUUCGAAAAGGAAUUCUCGCAACACGUGAAAACAAAUCAUCAAGCCGUGCUUCAGAGCAUUGCCAAGGAAGGCAAAAUUACAGACGAAACCGAUGCCCAGUUGAAGAAGAUCGUCUCCGAUUUCAUUUCAACCUUCUCUGGUUAAAACAAUUGAUGUAAUAUUCAUAAGUCAUUAUUUAUUUCUAGUUGAUAUUUUGUACAAAAGUCAACUAAAAAUAAGCCGUUGAACCGUUUUAGACUAGGCCCGCCAUAGUUUUAAAACUCUGUGAAUUGUAUAGGUAAAAAAUCGCAAUUAAUUAUCUUGAAGGUUUACGGCAUCUUGUUUUUAAUAUCAUUUGUCACAAUAAACGUUAAACAGUA